AUGGCUCGCACGCAUGUUGGUGUGACGAUUGACGGUGUCAUGGGUACAUGUUCGAUUUCCACUAUUAUUAUUUUUUUGGUUUCCUUUGCUCUUGUUUGGCGGAUUUUGAAAGACUUCAGGUGGUGGGUCAAAACGGACGGCGUGGUGGCUUACGAUCAGGUGUUUUCGGUGGCCUGCUGGUCUUUUUUUUUCUUUCAUUGUUGCUCGAGGGUGUUUUAA